AAUGAGGGAUGGGCAGGAAGCAGCAGGGGGUGCUGGUGCACAGUAGGAGCCCAGCUCCAGCUGGCCAUCACUCUCAUGACCAGAUGCCAGACGGCCUCCACUGAGGUCGCCGAGGCCUUCACCAUCAUGGACCAGAACCGGGACGGCUUCAUCGACAAGGAGGACCUGAGGGACACCUUUGCUGCCCUGGGCCGCAUCAAUGUAAAGAACGAGGAGCUGGAGGCCAUGGUGAAGGAGGCCCCUGGGCCCAUCAACUUCACCGUCUUCCUGACCAUGUUUGGGGAGAAGCUGAAGGGGACGGACCCCGAGGAGACCAUUCUCCACGCCUUCAAGGUGUUCGACACUGAAGGGAAAGGUUUCGUCAAGGCUGAUUUCAUCAAAGAGAAGCUCAUGACGCAGGCAGACCGGUUCAGUGAGGAGGAGGUCAAGCAGAUGUUUGCCGCUUUCCCGCCAGAUGUGUGUGGCAAUCUGGACUACCGGAACCUGUGUUACGUCAUCACGCAUGGCGAAGAGAAGGACUAGACGAGACCACGGACCCUCCCCUCCUCCAAACCCCCCACCAUUCAAAGGCAGCAAAUACUUGGAGACGGGAGGGGUGGCCUUUGAGGAGCCCC